GUCACGGCGCCGCCGGCCGUUUCCUUCAGCCUGCACCAAGAUGGAAGUGGGCGAGCGGGACAAGUGCGCCUUCAAGGCGAUGUUCCCGGCCUUCGGCGCCGGCCGCGGGCCCGUCCGCUCGUCGCUGGUGUGCCAGCAGCCGGUCGUCGUGCUGUCGGUGGAGAGGUACCCGCGGGAUCCGGGGAGCGGCGGCGGCGGCGGCGGCCUGUGGGAGGCGCCGGGCGAGGGCGACCUGUACGACCUGAGCCUGUCGGAGGGCCACUGCCGCCUGCGGGUGGUGCUGCGGCCGUCCCUCAACUGGACGGUCCGCCGCAACCUGCUGAGCAGCGGCUGCGAGCUGAGCAACGUCCGCCUCGCCCUGGAGUACGACGAGAGGCGCCUGGGAGUCGGCUUGCUUGUCUUCGUGCUGCUGGAGGCCCAGGUGGUUGCCUGGGGAGACGGCAAGGCGCCCCCUGCCGUCCGGAGGCUGAGACUGCAGAAGCUGCACGUGUUCAACGAGGGCACUGAGCUGCCCAUUGGCCCAGAGCUGCCCAUCAAAGCCAAGAGGCGCUACUACCUUUCUCUGUGGGAUGCUGCCAAUUACUAUGGGGAGGCUUGGCACCGACACCCGCCUGGGCAACCCACUCAGCGAUUUGAAGGAUCUUAUAGCAUUGAUGUAAGACAGCUGGAAGGUUACACCCAGAAAAAGAAAAAGGAUCUUCCACCAGUGAUUGUUCGUGUCCUCCGCAAGUUCAGACUUUGUCAUUUUGGACGGCCUGACAGAUAUUCAGAAUGCCCAUUUCAGGCCAAAUUUCUAGUAGCUGAUAAGUCAGGCUCAGCAACAGUUGUGUUGUGGAACUCCCUGUGUAUGGAUUGGUACAGACAUCUAGAACCAGGGAUGGUGGUGCAUCUGCGCAACUAUGUUGUGAAGAAAAGUUACACCACACGUAUGGGGCAAAACCCUGAAGUUUCAAAGGAGCCAGCCUUAGAGCUAAAUUUAAACCCAAGGAAUCCAGCAGCUGGAAUUACCGUGAUCAAUGACAAGGAUGUUAGAGAAGAGUGGCACUUACCAGCGCUGCAGUAUUGCUUUGUCACCAGGAAGGAACUAUCAGAACUUUCCUCUGGCAAUUUGUGCAGCAUCAUUGGCUAUGUUACUUUUGUCGGUAGACAGGAACGCAUUCGAAUCAAAGAGCGACCUGACGAAUUCCUGGUUUACCGCUGGCUGCACCUAAUUGAUGGAACAGCCUCAGAACCUUUUGUCCUGAAGCUUUUCUCAACCUCUCAGCCCGAGAUUCAGAAUCAGAUAUCCCCGUGCAGCAUAGCAGACAAUACCGUGACCUUGCUUGUGUGUACGAAUGUCACACUGGAAUGCAAAACGAUCAAUACCAGUGGGAAAAAAAAAGCAUUUCCUUACCUGCAAAGCACAACAUACAGCCAGGUAUAUGUCAAUGGCCAUCAUCAAGGGAAAUUAUAUGUGAAAAACCCAAAGGUAAAGGAGUUUAUUAAUUGGAUACAAUCUGCCAAGGAUCAAGAAAGGGACACAUUAAGUCACACUCAGAUUGGUGGAUGUUACACCUAUCCUCCCCUUCCUUCAAGUGAGCGGGAUUAUCGACGUGAAAUACUUGGUAUGUCUCCCUUGACUACGAUGUCUGAGCUGAAGCAGUAUAUGAAUCAGCUGGAGUACCGAGAAUAUAGGCAGGUCACCAUCCAGGGACGAAUCAAAUCUGUAAAAUACAAGUUACUGGGCAAAAUGGAUGAGGAGUUCACUGAAGUCUAUAAUGCUGUUGGAGGAACUGAGGAGUAUGAAGAAUUGCUUGACGCUGACCAGCCAUUUCAGGGCACAAGAGGAAACAAAAGUCCUGUAAUCCCUAUCGUGAGUGGACCUCCUCCGAAGAAACAAGCUGGCUUAUCACAGAAAAGAAAAAGAAAAAGUGCAUUCUGCGAGAAAAAAUGUACACCAAUGAGACUCUGUAAGGAUACAGGAUCAACUAGGGUGGGAGAGAAUGCAGCUCAUCAUCUACGAAGUCACGAGAAGGACGUGAACCGUGAUGCAAGUCCUGGGAAAGCCCUCAACUUCAUAAAAGCAUGUGAGGAGUUCUACACAGACUCUGAUGAUGUGGAGGAGACUCCAAGUGCAAUGAGCUUAGCCCAGCCCAUCUUCUCUCGGAUUGACUGCUCAUCACAGCGAGAGCACAUUGCCCAUCGGGGAAACGUUUCCCAAAUGGUAGCUCGUUGCUUCCACUUCAGAGACAAGUCCUUCCUCCUCAAAACCUUUGGUCUCCAGCCGUCCAAUUUUUCUGGAAUCCCAGCAGGUCAGACUGAGGAUCUGGAACAAUGUGAACCAGCAUGUUGCUAUGGAUACUACACUGUGACCAUUUUAGGACUGAAUGAAGAAUUGUCUUUAGAUGCCAUCUUUCUCCCUAUCGUUUCCAGGUUGGAUCACCGAGCUAUACAUCCUGCCAAGCACAGCAACACUCUGAUCUCCAUUUUGGCUCAUGGAGGGCUAGCAUUUAGCCAGACCUGCCACACUGGCACAGAUGGUGCAGAUUGCUCAACACCUUCCCCUGGUGACAUUCUCAGAUCUGCAGCCGGUCUGGAGGAAAUGCUGUUCAUCUUUAUCCUCGAUAUCUGCAAUCAGGGAGGCACCAAUGUUGAAGUCGUUCUCAAUCGUGCCUAUGUCCAGCACAGAGCUCUCUGAACCAUUCAGGCUUUGUUGUUUCGUUUGAAUCCCCCAACAAUAUUUGCUCAGACUGGAUCAAAUAUGCAGUUCUGAGUUUACGUUGGAAUUUUAGUUUUUUGUUUUUUUUGUACUUAAAAGAAAAAAGCUUUGUUCCUAUGGAACUGUAUCAAUUUCUGUCAUCUCUUGCCAUUGCUGCGAGUUAAGACUCUAUUGGUGAACAAAGACCUUUCUCUUAACCUCCCCCUCAAAAUGUAUACUCAAAUGUUUGAUGGCAACCUUAUUCAUUACUAAAGGUAUCCUGUACCUAUCCCUCACUAACUCAGAGAUGUUCAUUCACCAGCAGUUCAGUGAUGGAAAAGAUUUUUCAUAAUUCCUCUGCCUGCGACCUGCUGCGUGAAGAUUUAUUUCUAUGUAUUGACAUUCUGACUAAAGGCUCAGGUUUCAUUCCUGUCAAAUUCUGAGUUGGCUGAUUUGAACCAUUGACCCAGGUAAGGUCCAGCAUCACAGUGGCAUGGGGAAGAUGGUAAGGAGAGAGCAAGAGAAAAAUAAUGUAUCUUUUAAGCAAGUUGUUUAUUAUCAACAUGCUGGGAAUUCUUUUCGUAAAUGCAUGUUUGGUUUAUAUGUAUUUACAGGACAUGUUAAAACAACUCGGAGUGGGGGGGGGGAGGAAGAGAGAGAAAUUGAAAACAAUUGUUAAUACUAAUUCAAUUUUUAACAGGGCUGAGAGCAGAAUGUUUAAGUGUCUUUUCCCCCUGUUGCCAGGGAAUGCAAUCAUAAGCUUUUUAUGUAAAUUUGACAUUACUUUUUCUAUAAAUAUUGUCUCCAGCUGAGCA